UUCUUCGGAGAGAGAAUAAAUGAUCAAUUUUUAUUAAUCAACUUGAUCAAUAAUGUGAAUUUAUAUUCAUAUUGACAUAUGCAUGCAUAUUAAUAAGAUCUAUAAGGGCUGUGUAAGCCCGCUACUGGAAUACGUAAUAAAUAAUCAUCGAAUUAUUCUAUCAUACAUCAAUCGAGAUUUUCCAUUUAAAUUACUUCGCAAAUUUCGCAAUUUAAAACUUUAGAACUUUGAAAUUCGUCGAUGGAAUAAUUUCAAACGUUCCAACCAUACAUUGGCGCUUGAAUGUAGACGGCCGAAUAAUCGUCUCUUAAGAAUUAUGUGACUUUAUGGCAAACUUAUAUAAUAUUGAAGAGAAACGUCAGAGACGAAUAUAGAAGUGAAUUAAAUUUUAACUUACGUCAAAUUUAGAUUAAAAGACGGCAUUUAUUGAAAAAGAAUUUUGCUUGAAGACAAUAGGUUUUCUAUAAGAAAAAUUUUUCUAUUAAAUAAAUUUUCCUUGCGGUUGAAUAUUCUCUAAAGGAUUGAAUUUUUCUAUACUCUUUAUUCUACCUUUGCUAAAGAUAUAAAUAUUUACAAACAGAUCUAAUAAUUUUAAACAUUUGAAAUUGUACAGGAUGACUAAAAAGUGGUCGGACGGAGUGAAAUAAUUCGAAAACAAGGUAGAGAAAAAAGUUUAGGUACCGCCGCUCAACUUUGUCCAGUGCAUGGCCGAUUUUUGAAAUUGGAUUUCGCACGUUAAAAGUUUCAAUAAAGAUAUCACAUGUCCCUUGAUGUGACGCCUACUGCGUGGCCUACUGUCACCACGCGGCGCGGCGGUGGGCGGUGGGUCGCGCAGUAGCCGGUUAGUCAUAUCAAGAAACAUAUCUCUUUGAUGAAAUUUUUAACGUGCAAUUUUUUUCUCAAAUGUCUUGUUUGCGAGAUAUUGCAUCGGUAUGAUAUUUUUUAGUCAUCCUGUAUACCAUCAGAAUAAUAAUUGUAAUUAAUAAAGUUAUUAUAAUUGUUACAGAAAUAUCUUGUUAAUUUUUGCGCAUAAUGGGAUUCAAAACAGCCUAAUAAAUCAAGAUUUGCACAAUAUAACCUGGUACAGUUGUACUCUUAUCUGUAAUCAUUUCUAUCAUUCUAUCUGCGAUAACAAUAUACGAUUAUACCUAGGAUAAACAACACAACAAGAGAUAAUGACGACAGCAGAUGAUAUUUUUAACAUAACCUUAAUGGACUAUGACGAGAACGUAUACAUACCGUACGAACAAAGACCUGAGACUUAUUUCGUACCCGUGUUAUUUUCAUUGAUUUUAAUCGUGGGUGUAAUAGGAAACGGAAUCUUAAUUCUUAUUUUACUAUGUGACCCCAAUAUGAGAAAUAUACCAAACACGUACGUGCUAUCUUUAGCUGUCGGCGAUCUGUUGAUAAUGGUGACUAGCGUACCAUUUACAUCAGUUAUUUACACGGUCGAAUCAUGGCCAUGGGGCGAAACUAUUUGCAAACUAUCUGAAUGCGCUAAGGAUAUUUCGAUUGGUGUAUCGGUAUUUACCUUAGCCGCUUUAGCAGCCGAAAGAUACUGCGCCAUUGUGAAUCCUAUUCGUCGCCACAUGGCGGGUUUAAGAGCAAACCCACUUACCAUUUUAACGGUAACCCUUAUUUGGGUCUUAGCGAUUGUCUUAGCUAUGCCCUCCGCGCUUUUCGCUAAUGUAUAUUCUAUAGAAAUACAUGAAAAUCUUACCAUUUCUAUCUGCAGCCCUUUCCCCGAAAAAUUUGGGAUGGCUUAUGAAAAGGGUAUUGUAAUGUUCAAAUUUUUGGCAUAUUACGUGAUACCAUUAUGCGUGAUAGCUAGUUUUUAUUUAGGCAUGGCAUGGAAUUUAACAUUGUCAACCAGAAAUAUGCCAGGUGAACUUCCCGGUGGUGAUCUUCACACUGAUCAAAUACAGGCGCGCAAAAGGGUGGGAAAAAUGGUAGUGUGUUUUAUAAUCGUUUUCGUGAUUUGUUUUCUACCGUAUCACAUAUUUAUGCUGUGGUUCCAUUUUACUCCAACGGCCCAGUACGAUUAUAAUUAUACUUGGCACUACUUCAGGAUUGUUGGUUUCUGCCUCAGUUUCAGCAAUAGCUGCGUUAAUCCCAUAGCUCUGUAUUUAAUUAGCCGUACAUUUCGAGAAAAGUUUAAUAGAUAUUUAUGCUGUUGUCUACCGGGUGUUCCCCCUAUCUGUGGUAGAACUCGGAUGAAAAACGGUAUGAUUCAGGGACACAGUGUUUUAUCUCAAAGACGUCGACGAUUGUUUCACGAGACCAGUUUCGGUUCCACCUCCCGAAGACGUACUCAAGAUUCGACCGCGGUAUUUGAAAUGAACAGCAUAAACUUAAAUAAGGCUAACGUAGGCGAUCGAAAUCUUGCUUAAAUCUUAAGUAAUUUCAUGUUUAAUAUAAACAAAACCUGCGGACGUCAAUGUAAAUUGCAGUGCAAUUCGCGAUACCACUACUAUCGAUAAUGAAUGCAGCUUCAUCAAGAUGAUUACAUGUGUGGUAACGCUGCAGGUUUUCCAUUACGGGGAAAAAGAAACGCAUUCAAAUAGAAACUUUCGUUCAAAUUGAUAUUUUCAUAACCAUUUUAAGGAUUACUCACUUUUGGAUACCCGCUUGUACAUAAUCUCUAAAAAUAUAGAAUAUAUGUAUGUAGCAAUUUUUCAAUUUACACUACGUACUUUUUCAGAUACGUAGCUUUUCUUUAAAAUAGUUGCAUUUGCGGAGUCGGACUACAAUCCUUUUUGCCGAAAGAAUUCUUUCAGGCAACUAGUAUACUUUUCACACCGUCAAAUUUUUCUUUGAUGAUGUAAUUAAAUUAAAUAUAGAGAGUUAGGAAAGAUAUAAUAACUUGCUAAAAUUAU